AUGGCUUCAAAUUCAGAUGAAAACAAGAGUCUCAAGUCAAACCAAGAUGAUCCUGUUGAGGAACAAGUUAAAGAUGCUCAAGAUAGUAGAGAUUCAAGAUACACUGCAGAAAGUGGAGUGAUUAACGAUAGUAUUAGUGUAGAUACUACAGAUUCAGACACUUAUGAGAGAUCACGAAAAUUGAUUGAUAAAGGUUUAUCAUAUUUCAUGGAUACUAAAGAGAAAGUAUUACGUCGCAAUGACAGAAAAUUGAAAAACUUUGAAAGUGUAAUAGAGAACUUAUUGUCAAAAAAAAGUCCAAAGUACAGUUGUGUCAGAAGUGAAUACACUAAUGCAUUUGUACCUCCUGAUGUUAAGUGUAACCCCCAGCCCAUCAUUGAUAGUUGUGCUAAUGCUAACAUGGUUGACAUAAGGGAAUCUUAUAGACAGAAGAAUGAUGAUGUAAUUAUGUCAGUUGUGCAUUUGUUGAAAAAACCAACUCCAGAAAUAAUCAACUUUAGUGGUGAUCCAUUGACCUACAAACAGUUCAUGCGUCAGUUUCGAACAAAAGUGGUUAACAACACUGAUAGUGUAGAUGAGAGAAUGAACUAUCUAGAACAAUUCACAUCAGGUGAUGCUAACAAAGUGGUAAAAGGUUAUAGCUACUUGGAUGCAGAACAGGGCUAUCCGGCAGCUUUAAAAGAAUUGGAGGAAAGAUAUGGUAAUGAAGAGAAAAUAGCACAAGCUUUUGUUAAAAGAGCAAUGGACUGGCCUGACAUAAAACCUGAUAAUGCCAAAGCAUUGGAUGACUUUGGGAUUUUCUUAGCUGAAUGUGAAAAUGCAGUUAAAUGUAUAGAGAGUGUGAAAGUGCUUGAAUACCCAGACAACAUGAAAAAGUUGGUGAUGAAGUUGCCUUUCUUCCUUCAUGAUAAGUGGAGAAAUAUUGUGUGUCAAGCAAAACAAAGAAUUACAUUCCAUGAUCUAACUGUGUUCGUAAAGACUGAGGCUAAAAAGGCUGUUCACCCGAUUUAUGGAAAAGAUGCAAUGUACAAAGAUAAGAAGGUACAGCCCAAGCAUACGCAGUCUUUAAAAAUAAAAGGUGCAUUUGCAACUAGUUUGUGUGAUGGCAAAGAUGUUCAGAAAGAAAUCAAAUGUGAUCGCUUGAAUGAGCCGGAAGACAUCAGACACUUCUUCAUGUUGACAUUAAAAGAAAGGAAGAUUCAAAACCUAAGUGAUAUGAGGGCCGGAGAUGGAGAAUGUACUAUGCCCAUUAUUCCAGUGAAAGUGAAAAUGAAGAAUGGUUUAACGGCUAUAGAUACAUAUGCAUUUUUAGAUCCAGGUUCAAGUGUCUCCUUCUGUACCGAAGACAUAAUGAAUAAACUGGGUGCCAGUGGUAAAAAGAUGAAAAUUACUCUGGAUACAAUGGGUGAACCAUACACAAUGACCACUUAUGCUAUAAGUGGAAUUGAGAUUUGCAAUCUGAAUUGUGAAAAUGUUGUUAGUUUGCCCAAGGUGUACACAAACGAUAAGAUGCCUGUAACCACACGUCAUAUUCCUACAAAGAAAGAUAUUUCUUGUUGGGCGCAUCUUCACGAAAUUGAGCUGCCACAAAUAGAUGGAGAGGUAGGUUUACUGAUAGUUAAUAAUGUGCCAGAUGCCUACUCACCAAUCGAAGUAAAAGCUGGACCCCAGAGCAGUCCACAUGCUAUAAAGACACGACUUGGUUGGGUGUUGUGGAAUGUUAUUCGUGGUUUCAACUACAAGGUGAAUGAAGAGCAGUUGCGCUGUUCCAUGAACAGAAUUGAUAUCCUUGCUAUAGAGGAAAUGGAGCAGUUGAAGCGAUUGGAUGUAAUGAAAAAAAGGAAAGAUGAUAAAAAGGAAUAUUCCCAAGAAGAUAAGAAGUUUGUUCAAAAAGUGAACAAAUCUAUAAAAUUGAUUGAUGGGCAUUAUGAAAUAGAUCUUCCCUUUAGAGAUGAAAAUGUAAAGCUACCUAACAAUCACAAUCAAGCCAAAGAGCGUAUGAUGGGUUUGAAAAAGAAAAUGGAAAGAAAUUCAAAGUUUCAUGCAGAUUAUAAAGUCUUCAUGGACAAUAUUCUGGAUAAAGGCUAUGCUGAGCAAGUUCCAGAUGAUGAGCUGUUCAAAGAUGAUGGACGGGUGUGGUAUAUACCUCAUCACGGAAUAUACCACCCACGUAAACCUGAAAAGAUACGAGUAGUGUUUGACUGUACUGCUAAUUACAGAGGUGUUUCACUGAAUAGUUUGUUGUUGCCAGGACCAGAUUUGACUAACAAUUUGAUAGGUGUUCUGUUGAGAUUCAGACAAGAGUCAGUUGCUAUGAUGGGCGACAUAGAAGCCAUGUUUUAUCAAGUAAAAGUUCCCAAAAAGGACUCUGAUUGUCUCCGUUUCUACUGGUGGCCGAAUGGUGAUUACACACAAGAACCAGUUACAUACAGAAUGUUAGUUCAUCUGUUUGGCGCUGUAUCAUCACCUAGUUGUUCAAAUGCCGCACUACUUCAGACUGCUGUUGAUAAUGAAAACGAGUUUGACAAGGAGAUAAUAGAAGUGGUUAGAAAGAACUUGUAUGUUGACGAUUGUUUAACUACGUCAGCCAACGAAGAAGAUGUGAUUGACAAAAUUCAGAAAGUUACCAUGUUGUGUCAGAAGGGUGGAUUUCAUCUCACCAAAUGGGUUAGUAAUAGUCACAAGGUUUUAGAGAGAAUUCCAAUAGAAGAGAGAGCUAAGACUGUUAAAGACGAAUUUGGAAUGUGA